UUAAAAAUUCUAGGAUAAAAAAUAGUUUGGAUAAAUUUUCUCAUGUAGACCGGUUCGAAGCCCGGUUAUGGACGCGAACCGUAGAUAAAAUUGGUGAUAAACAAGGUUUCAUCAUGAAGAGGAACAGAGAAGACAUGGAGAUCGUCUGGCAAACUCCGGCCAACCCUCCGGAGCGCCAUGAUUAUAUCUUCCGUAACGGCAUUCGUUAUGUUAAACCCUACUACUUCGAAUUCAUUUCUCAUGCUAAGGUUCGGUGGGCCGGGAAGACCAUCGUUGAUCUGUUUGCCGACGAGUUUAAAGGUCGGAACCGUGAUUACUAUGAUUCUGCUGUAAAGUCUGGCCGCAUACAGGUAAAUGGAAAGACAGUGUCUGUUUAUUACAGAGUUCAAUCAUCACAAAAGAUUAGUCACUUCCUGCAUAGGCAUGAACCCCCAGUGAUGGCAUUGGAUGUUAAGAUUCUGCACAAAGGAGAAGAUGUACUUACUGUUUGUAAGCCUGCAUCUGUUCCCGUACAUCCAUGUGGUCAAUAUCGUAAGAACACAGUUGUUGGCAUUCUUCAGGCAGAGCACGACUUGGCCCCUCUCUUCCCCAUUCAUCGUCUCGAUCGUUUGGUCUCGGGGCUUCUUAUUCUUGCCAGAAGUGCUUCUCAAGCUGAAAUUUUCAGACAACAGAUUGAAGCUGGGAUGGUACAAAAACAGUAUGUUGCAAAAGUUGUUGGGGAAUUUCCUGAGGAGCAAGUCGUAAAUUUGAGAGUAAAUUUCAAUGCUCGAGAAGGAAGGAGUACAGUAGAGCCAGAGUCCACGGAUGAAAAAGUCAACGGAAAGUCCGCAUGUACAAAAUUUACUAGAAUCUCCACAAACGGGAAAUAUAGCAUCGUAUCAUGUCAUCCAGUCACUGGAAGAACUCAUCAAAUUCGUGUGCACCUACAAUCCACGGGUCACCCGAUAGCGAAUGACCCACUCUACCUCUCCGAUCAAAUUGAUAGCAACUCUAGGAGAGCAUUUACUGCGCAUAAAACCGCAGUGAAGUCAACUCAUUCAUUGGAAUCCAAGUCAAAUGAUAAUCACAUCAGUGAAUCCGAACAUUCCGUUGAAGAUUUUGACAUAGAUCCAAUGUGCACAAAUUGCCCAAACUUGGCUCCUAUAGGAUACGAUGGGAGUGAAGAAGGUUUGUGGCUUCAUUGUGUUCGAUACAGUGCACCCGAUUGGUUAUAUGAAUGUCCAUAUCCAGAAUGGGCAUCUUUAAGCUUAUAAAUCUUUCUAAAUUUGGCUCUAAAUUUUCAUUUAAAAAUCAGUUAGUCUAUUUGUAUUUGGAUGUACAAUAUUUGUGCUACUAUAAUGUAACAAGGUACAAUUGUCCUGUCAGUAGACUUGACAAACGCGCCUUGUCAAUUUGAAACAUUAAACG